CAAAAACACGGGGGCGGGGUUUGAACUGGUUCGACCAAUCGCGACGCGUGGUGCGAAGACCCACCAAAACUGUUCAAUUUAAAAUUGCAACGGCUGAAGACGUCGCGUCGGAGAGAACUCGUCGAGCGAUUUCUUUAGUGACCGCCAAAGAUAAUGUCCCGUCUUCCAGUUAUGACAAGCAAGAGGGUCCUCACAAGCAUCAGUAGCUCAGAAAAUGGACAGGACUUCGCACCUGCUCAGAAAAAGAGCCGUAAGGACCCAGAGUCUGUUAAACCUCAGGCAGCAGCAACGAUCAUUGGCGGCAAGCGGCCCCCCACUGCCGUAUCCAGGGCACCGCAGUUGAAAUCAGUGAGAGGUGCAGGAGCUGCUACUGUAGCCGUGGGUCCUUCCAGAGGUGUCCUGAAACCAUCCUUUGCUUCAACAGUCACAAAGGGAGGCAAUGUGAAGCAGCCUAUUGCAUCUACUGGCACAAAAGCAGGCGCUGGUGCACCCCAGCGAAGGCAAGCAUGGGACCUGAAGGGCAAGGUCAGCGACAUGGAGGAGAAGAUCAGCAAAUACCAGACCAGGGUCAAGUCUGUCAACCAGGAGAAUGAGGUUCUAAAAGGGUCAGUGACCCAGAGCCAGGUGAAAGUGAUUGAGCUGGAGAAGGAGCUUCGUCAUCAAAAGAGUCAGAUAAGCAAAUAUGAGCUUGAGCUGCAGAUUCUGUCAGGGGUUCGUGAUGAAUUGGAAAAGGUUUCAAGCGAUAAGAGCACUCUUCAGAAGGAGCUCUCUAAUUUGGAGGGAAAAUAUAGAGUAAUGGAAACUCUCAGAGAGAGCCAGGACAUGGAGCUGCAGACUCUAAAGAUGAAGCUGUCGGUGCAGGAGUCGACUCUGAGCAGACUGCAGACGAACCUCAGAGACACCGAGCAGGAGGUCUGCAACCUGAAAGAGACUGUAGCUCAACAGAGCAACGCGCUUCAUGUUGGGGAGAUGGAGCGAAGACAGCUGCACAAUACGAUCCAAGAGCUCAAGGGUAACAUCAGAGUCUUUUGCCGAGUGAGACCCCUGCUGGGCGGAGGGCUUAGUAAACACAUCCAGCUCCCAGUUAAUGACACCAAGAUGGUAACGCUGGCUAAAACGGAGGAGUCUCACACAGGAAAAACUGCAGACACUCAGAAGAAUUACACUUUCAGCUUUGACCGAGUGUUUGGCCCUCAGACUUCACAGCAGGAGGUCUUUGAGGAGAUCUCUCUGCUGGUGCAGUCGGCUCUGGACGGAUACAACGUCUGCUGCUUCGCCUACGGCCAGACAGGCAGUGGGAAAACUUACACCAUGGAGGGAGACGAGUGUGACGAGGCCAGAGGUGUUAUUCCCAGAGCUGUGCAGCAGAUCUUUAAAGCAGCUGAGAAACUGGGGGCUCAGGGCUGGGAGUUCACCUUCACAGCGAGCUUUGUUGAGAUCUACAACGAGACGUUGCGAGAUCUGCUGUAUACUGGUAAAGCCAACAAGAGGCCUGAGCACGAGAUCAGGAAGUCCAGCAACAACGAGGUGACGAUCACCAACUUGACUUAUGAGAAGGUCUCCUGCGAGGAUCAGGUUCUCGGACUCAUCGCGCUGGCAAACCAGAACCGCUCCACGGCCCAAACGGCUCAGAACGACCGCUCCUCUCGCUCCCACUCAGUGUUCCAGCUCGACAUCGAGGGAGUGAAUCGUGGCAGAGAUGUCAAGUGCAAGUCCACUCUGUGUCUGGUUGACCUGGCUGGCAGCGAGCGAAUGGUGAAGAGUCAGUCUCAGGGCGAACGCUUCAAGGAGAUGACGGCUAUAAACAGCUCCCUGUCCAACCUGGGCAUAGUUAUUGCAGCGUUGGCCAACAAGGAGAGCUACAUCCCCUACAGGAACUCAAAGUUGACCUACCUCCUGCAGUGCUGCUUGGGAGGCAACAGCAAGACGCUGAUGUUUGUUAACAUCGCCCCGGAGCCAGACAGCUUUGGGGAAAGCCUCAAUUCGUUGAGAUUCGCCAGUAAGGUUAACGACUGUGUCAUCGGGACCGCUAGUGCCAACAAAAAGUAGAUUUUCAGUUUUUAGAGGCUUUUUAGGUUUCUGACUGGCACAGUAUACUGUAGUGUUCAGUUAAUAAUCCAAAUCUAUAUUCUCAGGGCCUUGAUUAGUGAUUACUAAUAGAGGCAUUUUAAUAUUCCUGUGCUUCUUUUUGAAUGAUUUAAGUGGAUGCUUAAACUGGUGUCACAACUAACUUUGCUUUUUAUGUAUUAAUGGUUUCUUGCCUGAUAAUUCUCAGGUUGAGACAUGUUCUCAUAAAAGGACCCAUAUUAAUACUUUUAUUGAUCUUUCUAGUGAGACGUGUUGGUGAGCGUAGCCUGCUAGUUACUGCCACUGAAAACGUUUGUCUUCAUUUAUUUGUGUAUUUAGCUGCUCAGACGUUUUGUUAUUUUCCUGUUUUUACUUUCUGGCCCAACGGCUCCAUCAAUAAAGACUGGACGUCUAUGAUUC